AUGGUAAGCAGGUUGUAUGGUCUUACCAAACAAGCUCUGUUUUCCCUCUUGUCCAAAUCCCUAUCUUCCACCAAAACCCUAACACAACUCCACAAGCUCCACUCCCUCGUCACCACUCUGGGCCUACACCACUCCCUCUUCUUCUCCGGCCAACUCAUCUCCAAGUACUCCCAACUCCGCCUCCCCAUUUCUUGCCUAUCACUCUUCCGCCACUUCCACCCCAAACACACCCCUUUCCUCUGGAACUCCGUCAUCCGAGCCCUCACCCGCAACGCCCUCCACUCCCAAGCUCUCCGCCAUUACAAUGCCAUGCUUCGAUCUAACGUCCGGCCCGACGCCCACACGUUCCCUUCCGUCAUCAACGCCUGCGCCGCGCUGGGUGACGUGCAAACGGGCUCGGUCGUCCGCCGCCGCGUUUCGGAGGAAGGGUUUGAGUCGGAUGUGUACGUGUGUAAUGCUUUGAUCGACAUGUACUCGAGAUUUGGUGAGGUCGGUGAUGCGCGGAAGGUGUUUGAUGAAAUGCCGGUGAGAGAUAUCGUGUCGUGGAAUAGUUUGGUUUCGGGGUAUAGUUCGAAUGGGUAUUGGGAGGAGGCGUUGGAGAUGUUUCGGGGAUUGAGAAUGGAGGGAUUGGUGCCGGAUUGUUUUACGAUAAGGGGUGUGCUGCCGGCGUGUGGAGGCUUGGUUGAUGUGAAGGAGGGUCGGUUGGUUCAUGGUUUGGUUGAGAAGAUUGGGGUGAAUGCGGAUGUUUUAGUAAGUAAUGGGAUUCUUGCAAUGUACUUUAAGUUUGGUUGGUGGAGAGAGGCUCAGGUUUUUUUCGAGGGGAUGGUAGUUAGGGACUGUGUUAGUUGGAACACUGUGGUUUGUGGGUACUCACAGUUGGGGUUACAUGAUGAGGCGAUCAGCUUGUUCAGGGAAAUGAUAAAGGAGUUCACGCCUGAUUUGCUGACAAUCACAUCCGUGCUUCGUGCUUGUUCACAUUUACGGGACUUGGGACUAGCGGAAUAUGUUCAUGGCUACAUGAAAAGAGGUGGAUUUGAAUUUGAUACAAUUGCAAAUAAUAUAGCUAUUGACAUGUAUGCAAAAUGUGGAAGUCUGUCAGCUUCACGGGAAGUAUUUGACUCUAUGGAAUGCAGAGAUUCAGUGUCAUGGAAUUCUAUGAUCAGUGGUUAUUUUCUUAAUGGUUGUUUUGAUGAAGGGUUGAAUCUUUUCAAGAUGAUGCGAACUAACAUGAAACCUGAUUCUGUGAGUUGCGUGUUGAUCCUGUCUGUGUAUACUCAACUCGGACAGGUGGACCAGGGGAAAUUGAUCCACUGUGAUAUAGUAAAACUGGGAUUUGAUUCAGAUAUUAUUGUCAACAAUGUUCUAGUCGAUUUGUAUGCUAAAUGUGGAAAUAUACAAGAUACACUGGAAGUAUUUGACAGCAUGACAGCUCGUGAUGUUGUAACAUGGAAUAUCAUAAUUUCUGCUUGCAUUCGUAAUGAAGACUGUAGUUUAGGUUUAAGAAUGGUUCUUAGAAUGAAAAACGAAGGAGUGAUGCCUGAUGUGGCCACAAUGUUAGGCAUUUUACCACUGUGUUCCUUACUUGCCGCCAAGCGAAAAGGACGAGAGACCCAUGGCUGCAUUUUCAGGUUAGGUUUUCAUUUAGAGGUCCCGGUUGGUAAUGCAUUAAUAGAAAUGUACUCUAGUUGUGGUAGCUUGGAAACAUCCAUACGGGUAUUCCAGCAAAUGUGUAUAAAGGAUGUGGUGACAUGGACUUCGUUGAUCUCUGCAUAUGGCACAUAUGGCGAAGGUGAGAAAGCAUUGAGAGGUUUUGAAGAAAUGGAAGCCACCGGUGUUCUUCCUGAUCAUCUAGCUUUUCUGGUCAUCAUCUAUGCUUGUAGCCAUUCAGGUUUGGUAGAAGAGGGUCUAUCUUACUUCGAUCGGAUGAAGAAACAGCACAAACUUGAGCCUCGAAUGGAACACUAUGCGUGUGUUGUUGACCUCCUAUCCCGCUCUGGGCUAUUAGCUCAAGCCGAGGACUUUAUUCAUUCAAUGCCAAUCAAGGCGGAUGCUAGUAUCUGGGGAUCUUUACUUAGUGCUUGCCGAGAAAGCGGUGAAGAAAUGAUAGCUGAACGUGUCUCAAAGAAGAUAGUUGAAUUAAAUUCUUAUGACACGGGGUAUCAUGUUUUGGUGUCGAAUGUAUUUGCAGCUGUAGGAAAGUGGGAUAAAGUGAGAAUGAUGAGAAAAUACAUGAAAGCUAAAGGGCUCACAAAAGAUCCUGGAUUUAGCUGGAUGGAGUUUUAAAAGAAGGUCUCAUAUCCUCUUGAUCUUACACAUGUAGAGGUUGAUAAGCUGUCAGCGGGUUUUCUAGCAAGGAAGGGUAUGAUGAUUUCCAAUUCAUACAUAACUUCUGAGAAGGAUGAGAUGAACUGUCAUCCAGGGAUCGGCUGGCUAUGUCAGGUAAUGAUGGACAGUUAUUGUGUACAUUUUGUGAUAAAUCUCAGACAACAAAAUAAUCUAUGCAGGCUAGCAGCAACUCAUGUUGCUGCAAUAUACUCGGAUCAUGACUCCGGCAUUGAGUCUUGUAUCGGAAAGAACGGUGAUUGAUGCUGUUUCAUAUGAAAGCUGCCAAGAAUGCUCCCUUGCAUGCCUUCUCGCUAUGGAGAGCAAAUUUGAUCCUCCCUAUAAGAUCACUCAGCUAAGUGAAGCUAACUAUAACGGGAACCAUCUAUAUUACAUGUUCUUACUUAUGCAUGAUGGUCAUCUUUGAGUUUUGCUUUUUACUUGUUGCCAGCUUACCUAAGUCGUUUUUAUUUUAUUUUUUGGAAGUAGCUUACCUAUGUCGUUUAUGAAAUGAAGAUUGUAUUUGUAGUUGUGUAACAAUUUAACCAAGUCAACCAGGAUAUGCUUUUCAAAUUUGCUUGCUUGGUAUAUGCCAAAGUCCCGGGAGUUUAUUUGAUAGGACAAGUCUAUCAUAUGUGAGACAUAUAGAUUUGGGUUCCUGAUGGCGUUUACUGUUUACAAAGCAGCUUGUAACCUUGGAAUGC